GCUACAGGCAACUGCCAGAACUGGCAAAACAGUGCGCCUCCGCUCUCUUCGGACGGACGGACGGACGGACGGUUUCCGGGCCACAAAACUAGGAAGUGCACCAUCCGGCCGCCCCUGCGCCGUUGAUUUUCCUCACGACUAGCUCUCUCUCCAUCUUUGGAUCACUUGUCGCUUGGAUUCAGGCUUCCCGCUGUUUUGUACCUUCCCCUGCUUCAUUUCGUCGAAGAUUUUUCGGGAUGAAGCGAUGGUGAGAGUGGUAGGACGAGAAUAGAAGCUAUCCUCUCUUACUUUGUCGUUUUGGAUGGUGUUUGGCUAUCACUUUGCUCCAAUAUAGUGCUUGGAAUGGGAUGGGGGUUUUCACUGAAAUAGGUUGGAUAAAUAUUGGUGGAAAGUUUUUGCACUGAGGAAUGAUAGUUAAUUUGAGGGAUAUUAGGAAUUUGCCGAAUGGAAAGUGGUCAUUUUGCUUCUAACUCUGGUAGACCCAUGUCCGGGCGGCAAAAAGUUUACAAUGUUCGGCAUUUUCCGCCUGGAUGUUCUGCUGCAGGAACCACUGGACAAAUUGCUAUAAUUGAGAGUCCAACUGCUUCUCAUAGAAGAGUCCUGCCAUUCAGAGACUACCCUAAGUUUUGUGGAAGGGAUGCCCCAUAUCUAACCAAUGAAGUGAGCAUGCUUGAGCUUAAUAAGAAUGAGAAUUUGGGCCAAGGGAAAAAAGUUUUGCAUUUGUCUGGAUCUAAGAAUCAAUUGCUGAAGGAAGAUUCUGGUAGUGUACAACAUUCUAGUUGUCCUUGGAGGCAGGGGAAAAAGGCCAGCAAACUUGAGCUGCCCAGAGAUUCACCUAAAAGAAAAGGAAAGAAAUAUCAUGUUUAUGAUGACAAUGAUGAUGUAGUUCCUCGGAGUUCAUAUAGUUGCAAGGAUGGAUCAUCUGAGGGAGAUCAUGAGAAUUCAGAAACUGCUUCAGACAGAUUGCUUAGGCAUGGUCUAAUGGCUUCAUCAAAUUGUCUUUGGAAGCAAAGAAUAUCACCUGGCAUUUCUGAGCUGCAUGGUGGUUCCCAUAGAAGAGAAGGAAAGAAUCACUCCACACAUGAAAUUCUUGAAAAUGAUGUAACUGCUAGGAGUAAGGUGAGAGAGAUAUUGCGUCUAUUCCAAGCUGUCUGUAGGAAGCUCUUGCAGGAAAAAGAGUCAGGGUUGAGGGGAGGAGGACGUAUGAGGGUUGAUUAUGAAGCAGCAGGGAUGCUCAAGAAUAAAUGGGAAAAAAUCCGCCCAAGCAAAAAAAUCAUUGGACCUGUUCCAGGUGUUGAAAUUGGUGAUGAGUUCCAGUAUGUCAUGGAGCUUUUUCUCAUUGGUCUCCAUUGCCAAACUCAGAACGGUAUAGAUUAUGUGAAGCAAGGUGACGAUAUUAUUGCUACAAGCAUCAUAGCAUCUGGAGGCUAUGAUGAUGACUUGGACAACUCAGAUGUCUUGAGUUACAUGGGUCAAGGAGGAAAUGUGAUGCACAAAGACAGGCAACCUGAAGAUCAGAAACUUAAAAGAGGAAACCUUGCUUUAGCAACUAGCAAACUUCUAAAGACUCCUGUGAGGGUGAUUCGUGGUGAGGCAAGAUCUUCUGUGGAACCAGAUGCAAGGGGCAAGUUAUACACCUAUUAUGGACUCUACUUGGUGGAAGAUUUUUGGAAGGAACUAGGGCCACAUGGCAAGCUGGUUUUCAAAUUUAAGUUGGUCAGAAUUCCAGGUCAACCAGAGGUCCCUCAGAAAGUAGUAAAGAAGUCUAGAAAAUCUGAAGCAAGGGAGGGUGUCUGCGUAAAGGAUAUCUCACAGGGGAAGGAGCUAUUCCCAAUCUGUGCCAUAAACAUGAUAGACAGCAAGAAACCCCCAACAUUUGGAUAUGUUACUCGCAUGGUAUAUCCUGAUUGGUUCCACACCACCCUUCUGGAGGGUUGUCAUUGUACUUACAGUUGUUCAGAAUCUGGUAACUGUUCCUGUGUAAUGAAGAACGGAGGUCAGAUCCCAUAUACCCAUGAUGGGGCUAUUGUUAGAGAAAAACCCCUUGUUUAUGAGUGUGGUCCUACCUGCAAGUGCCCUCCUUCUUGCCACAACAGAGUUAGCCAGCAUGGCAUCAAAUUUGAGCUUGAAAUCUUCAGAACUAAAUCAAAAGGCUGGGGUGUAAGAUCCCUGAAUUCCAUCCCUUCUGGAAGCUUUAUCUGUGAGUAUGUUGGGGAGCUGCUUACAGAUGAGGAAGCUGAACAAAGAACUGCCCAAGAUGAGUAUCUAUUUGACAUUGGAAAUAACUACAGCCAUGGUGAUCUUUGGGAUGGACUUUCAGCCCUCAUUCCUGAUGUUCAAUCAAGUAGUUCUUCCCAAGAUGUUGAAGAUAGUGGCUUCACCCUUGAUGCAGCACAGUAUGGUAAUGUGGCAAGAUUCAUAAACCAUAGUUGUUCUCCUAAUCUGUAUGCACAAAAUGUCCUUUAUGAUCAUCAGGACAAGAGAGUUCCUCACGUGAUGCUCUUUGCCACUGAGAACAUUACUCCUUUGCAAGAGUUAACUUACCAUUACAACUGUAAGAUAGAUCAGGUUUAUGAUGCCUAUGGCAACACAAGGAAGAAAAGUUGUUUCUGUGGUUCUUCAGUGUGCACUGGUAGGAUCUAUUGAAGGAUGCACUGACCUUUUUGCUUUUACCACUAGAAUGAUAGUUGUUCUGCCAUGCUGAUUGUUAAUUACCAAAGAGAGCUUUUGAUCUUAGUUAUGCUCCAACAAACUGAUAGUCAGUUAUGCCCUUCCUCUACUCAGUACACUUUGAAAGGCAGACACUUCCACUUGAGGUUCUCCACAAUUCAGGUUUAGUUUGAAAUAUGUGUUUUGAGAAGACUAGUUGUGAUAGGCAGACCUUUAUGACCCUUUCCUUACUUCUAGAUAUCAGGUGGUCCAGGAUUCAGUAUGAUUUUGUGUGCAUAGUUCUAAUUUUAGCCAACUACUUCCACUACAAAAUACUUAUAAUAUGUUACUGUAAUGUGGUUGGCACAUACAACCAGAGAAAAAUUUCUCU